AUGAUCAGCGAAUAUUCUUGCCCAUUUCUCUGCAAUACCGGAAAGGCUUGUAAUAACCCUUGCAUUCGCCCAGAAGGUUGCCGAUUUCAUUGGAAAGCUAAAAAACGGGUACCAUGCUCUGAUUGUGGAAAGCCUACAGCUUCUGCUUGUGGCCGAUGCCCAGAUCAUGUUAGAGGUUAUUAUGUUACUCAAUACUAUGAAAGACUUCGAUCAGAAGGUCUUCGAUCAGAAAUAGGAGAAAGACUUCGAUUAGUGAUACAAGAAAUACAAAAAAGUCUUCGAUCAAACAUGCAAAAAGAAACUUUUGAGCAAUUAAUGUUCGCCCAUAGAGACAGGCUUGCAAUUCUUAAUAUUACUCUCUGCAGGAUAUACCUCCUUCCAAUAAAAAUGGAUGAGGGAGAAUAUUGUGAUAGUUGCCAGCCAGAAUAA